CAGUUUAAUAACGGCGAUAGAUAGUUUUGAGUUUCCGAAAUUAAAAUAAAUUUCUUUUUUUGGAGAAGAUAAGUUUAUUUAUCACAAAAUAAUAAGUAUAUUCAUAUAUUCAUUUAGUUUAGAUAAAAUGGGUCGGCGAAAUAGAUCAAGUAGUGCCAGUAUGAGCAGAAGUAAAAGUGCUCUAACUCCUAAAAGUCGUAGUGUCAGUCCUAAUCGAAAUAACAAGAGAAGUAUAAGUAGAAGCCGUAGUGGAAGUCGUAGUAGAGGGACGAGAUUGCAUUUGGCGGACGUGGAUCCGGAUUUGUCGGCUAGAGAUAUUGAGAAAGCUUUCGAAAAGUUUGGACCCCUCAUUGAAGUUUGGGUGGCCAAAAGUUUUCCUUGUUUUGGGUUCGUUGUUUUUGAAAAUAGAAAAGAUGCCACAGAUGCUGUUGAUGCUCUAAACGGACACACACUGGGAAACAAAAGAUUACGAGUAAGUUACGCUCUGCCAAGAAUUCAAGAUAGAAGAAUGAGGUCGUUUGGUGGUCGAAUGGGGCAAACUGACCUUAGAUGUUAUCAGUGUGGGGCUAGAGGACAUUUUGCAAGGGAAUGUAAUAGGGGUAGGUUUACAAGGUCACCCCCUUCACGGAGGCGCUGGUCUAGGUCGCCAAUCAGAUCCCAGAGAAAUAGAUCACCAAUGUCAAGGUCACGUUCUAGGUCAAGGUCACGUUCAAGGUCGAGGGGGGGGAGAGAUAGGCGGAGGGGUGGUGGUCCACGCGGCAAAACAUCCACGAACAUGAUUGACAGCGAUGAUGGCAGAGAUAAUAAGGAUGAGCGUGAUAGAAAAGGGAGCUGCAACAAUAAUGGUGAUGAGGCUAUCAAUAGAAAUUCCAAAAAUAGCGAUUCUAAAAUUAGAAAUUCCUCGAAUAGAGGUUCUAAAAAUAGAAAUUCUAAAGAUAGAUCGCCUGGUGAGGUCAGCGACGACGACGAUGACGAUAGGCAAAAGAAAAAAAUUAAUGCAUAUACUAAGGAGAUAGAAAGUGGUAGUGGAAAGAAUACAACACCAACUGCAGUUGCUUCUAAUUAAUCAACCGUUGAUUAUAUAUAUAUAUUUAUUUAUUUGUAUGAUUGAAUGAACGAAUAAAAAACGCGUGAAUGUGUUGAGAUUUAAUUUUGGAAUGUAAUAAAAGACAGUCGACACAAUUUCCUUUAAUUAAGUUGUGUCUAUGCUUGAUACAAUGCCUUACAAACAUUCAAACAUACAUACAAACACAUACAUACAUAGAGAGAAGAGAGUUGUUAAAAAAAAGUUUGCUUAUGUAUGUUGUUUCUGUUUGUUGUAAAAAGAAUCUUUGUUAAUUACGUUGAUAAGUCAAUUUUCCUAAUCUAUUUAUUCAUUCGUUCGUUCGUUCGUUCGUUUGUUUCAUAUCAAACUUUAGUAUUAGAUGUGUUUGCACGUGGGCUGGUUUAUGUGAUUAGCGUCUUUUCAAAUAAGAAUCGAUAAAACUGCCAUGUUUAUCUAUAUUGAUGGCUCGGUUUUUCUCUACAACAUCAUUUUUAAACAAAAUAUUAAAAAAAAAUAGUCAAUGACUAUCGUUAUUAAGUAAAAAUUAUUAUAAAUAUAUUAAAAAUUAUUGUAUAACAAUUAUUAUAAAUGUAUUAAAACUUAUUAUAUGAAAAUU